UGGUCAGCGCGCGCGCCGCAGCAAGAUGCUGGAUGGACGCCGCCUGCGGCGCGGGCUCCUCUCCUGCGGCUCCUGCUGCGCGCUGCUAGUGCUGCUCGCCUGCGCGCCGGAGCUCUCCGCCGCCUACUUCGGGUUGACGGGGAAUGAGCCACUGACCAUCCUCCCUCUCACCUCAGAAAUGGAGGAAGCCGCUAUGAAGGCCCAUUACAAAGUCUGUGACCGCCUGAAGCUGGAGAAGAAGCAACGCAGGAUGUGCCGGAGGGACCCGGGCGUGGCUGAGACCCUCAUGGAGGCCAUUAGCAUGAGUGCCCUGGAAUGCCAGUAUCAGUUCCGCUUUGAGAGGUGGAAUUGCACCCUUGAGGGACGCUACAGGGCCAGCCUGCUGAAGAGAGGGUUUAAGGAAACCGCCUUCCUUUACGCCAUCUCUUCAGCGGGGCUGACCCAUGCGAUGGCCAAGGCCUGCAGCGCCGGGCGCAUGGAGCGCUGCACUUGCGACGAGGCCCCCGACCUGGAGAACCGCGAAGCUUGGCAGUGGGGCGGAUGCGGGGACAAUCUCAAGUACAGCAACAAGUUUGUCAAAGAGUUCCUGGGGAAGAAGUCGAACAAGGACCUGCGAGCCAGGGUGGACUUCCACAACAACCUGGUUGGAAUGAAGGUCAUCAAAGCCGGCGUGGAGACCACUUGUAAAUGCCACGGGGUUUCAGGGUCUUGCACCGUCCGGACAUGUUGGCGUCAGCUCUCUCCGUUCCAUGAGAUCGGCAAACAGCUGAAGCAGAAGUACGAGAUGGCCCUCAAGGUGGUGAGCACCACCAACGAGGCCACGGGCGAAGGGGACAUCUCCCCGCCAAAGAAAUCCACCCCGGGCCACGGCGACCAGAUCCCCAGGACUACCGACUUGGUUUACCUCGACGACUCCCCGAGCUUUUGCCUGAUGAGCCGGUUUUCGUCGGGCACCUCCGGCCGGAAAUGCUACAAAGACAAGAACUGUGACAGCAUCUGCUGUGGGCGGGGCCACAACAUCCAAAGCCGGGUGGUCACCCGCCCUUGCCAGUGCCAGGUCCGCUGGUGCUGUUACGUGGAAUGCAAGCAGUGCACACAGCGGGAGGAGGUCUACACGUGCAAGGACUGAGGGGGUGUCCGACGAGCCCCAGCGCUGGGACCCGCCCCCUUGGAGACAAACCCGGGCCGGCUGGCGAGGUGGUGGCUGUGAGCUACCCUGCUCUGGCGGAAGCAUUUCGAAGGGUGCCACGUCUUGCUGAUCCUGCGUCUUUCUCUGCAAACAGAUUCUGGAGGCCCGCAAGAUGGAAGGGCCCCGGCGAUGCCCGAGAUGGUGCCUUGGAGAGAGAGAGGGAAUCGAUGUGAUGCGAUGCGAUGUGAUGUGAGGGCUCAGCUGCCCACCUUCAUCCUUUUGCAUCGCCGUCCUGAGCAAAACGAGAAUUCUCUUGGAGCCGGAUGAUCCCGCUUGGUCUGGGAGCAGCCCAGCUCCUGGAGACCCGCAAUAUGGAACCGUAGAAGGAGUUCUGGGAAGAAGAUGGCCCAGGAGGAUCAAGAAAAGCCAGCUAACUUGGAACUUCCGAGACUCGAGGGCCAGAAUCAGAAGCCGCGUCCCGUUCGCUGGAGAUGUCACUAUGUAAGGACUGCUCCUAAAAGCGAUUUCUACCGGCACUUUGUAGCAGUUGGUGAAGAAGCUGGUUUUUAUUUUUGUUUUUAUUUUCCCUUUGUGUACUCUCAACCCCUGUUUCAUUCCCCCCCCCCCCCCCGCCCCACCGCCUUCCUGGCCCUCUUUGCAAUCCACUUGGUAAAUUUGGAAAACCACUAGAGACUGGACAAACCUGAUAUUCUUCCAACAUGCAUUUUUGCCCCCUUGCAUGCUAAAUUAUGAUUUUUCCCCCCCUGAUUUCUCUUAUUACUUCAGUUGGCAUGGGAGGCUGCUUCGAGGCCAGCACGACACCCUGACCGUGAACACAAUUUGGCCGUUGGUCUUCGGAAGAUGGAGAAAACGCAGAGUCUUUUAGACUACGAUGCUGCUUUGACUUUGCAUAUCUGGAAUGGGAUCGUGGCAUCCAAGAAUGCGUGUCUCUUUAGGAUGCCAUUCUACCUGCCUUUAUCGGUGGCAGUGAUAUUAUCUGGGGCAAAUUUCUAUAAAGGCCUGUUGCUUUAAAAAGGAAAAAAAAAUACUCAAACCACUAGGAACCUGCGCAUUAGAAAUAAAACGGUGACCAGCCACACACAUACUGGAUUUCAAGGGCCUGUUGAUCAGAGGGAAAAAUACAGAGAAGCAUCUAAAUGGCAGACUGGAUCAGUAAUAGCAGUGGGAUAGACUACACAGCAUCCUUCCAACAUCUGAAUUUGGGAAUAUUACAAAUAUGCAACUUUUUUUUUUUUUUGGUCUUUAAAAAGACUGGAUCGGAAGCAGCUAAUGGACUCUUGGCCAACCGCCCAUGCAGGGUGGACCAUGAUCCGUCUGAUUCUGCUCCCGUUGCAUUUUUGCCCCCGGGAAUUGCAAUUGGACCUGUUUCCCGUUGAGAAGUAGAGCAGAAAUCUUUUGCGUUCUCUUCCGGGAGAUCAUCCCUGCCCUCCCGCCUCGCUUUACGGACGCACUGAAAAAAUAAUAAUAAAACCGUGGCCACUUCUAUCAAAGCUGUAAUUAUUUGGGAGGGGGUGGAUCUGGAUGACGGUGUAAGCACGGGGCAUGAAUAACUAGAUUGCGGCUUGGUGUUAGAAAAUGGAAGGUGGCUGAGUGGCCCCAGGAAGGCGUGGGCCUUUUUACUGAUUGGAGGAGUGAUAGAAAAUGGAAGACAACUUCUAGCUUGUAACUGACGUUAAAUUCUGGUCUGAUAGCCCGGUGUGGCCAUAUGCACCCAAAACUCUUAAUUGGGGAUCCUGUUUUUCUUCUGUGCCCAGCGGACCAGUUCCGAAGCUAAGUGCAAGUGAUUGAAAACCAAACCAAAUGAAGACUGUACAGGACUGUUGUUAUU